AUGGCUACCACCAUACCUCUUGAGAUUUUCGAGCAAAUUGUGGACUUGAUCGUAUCUGGUCAGGAUAUCGUGGAGGAUAAAAACCUAUUUCGCACCCUUGUUGCCUGUAGUUUGACCUCAAGACUAUUUUCCUAUGCUGCGCGCAAGCAUCUAUUCUCCGCAAUAGAUAUCGAUCAAUAUGCAUGGCAAUUUCAUCUGCAGGAGUUAAGACCAAGGUUACGUUCAGAGCAGGAGAUGUCCCUUCGGGUCAGUAACUUCUGUAAUCUUUUGACCGAUGGGCAAACCAACCUUGGCAGUGCGAUUCGACGGCUCGAAAUCUAUGUAAAUCACGACCGCACCAUGCUUCAUGAAUCAUCGAACCUCCACAACCUUCUGAAUAUCCUGGUUCAACAGGCUCAUAACCUCAACGCUCUGAAAAUCCACUUUCGAGGGCGAAGCCACUUUCCACUCUCGUGGAAGGAUGUACCCACUCAGAUAGAUAGAGGCAUUAGGGCACUCUGUCGGUCACUUCCAAUAAACCAUCUGCACUUCUCGCGAAUUGUGUGGAUACCAUCUGUCAUACCAACUAUAUCUCAAUCCCCUCAUCUUAAAUCGUUCAGCCUCAUCGAUUCCUCAUUUGAACGCGAGAAGCAUCUCUCGCAUUCCAAGAUGUCAUUCAUACUUGAAGGAUGCACAGACCUCUGGGGGAAUAUACCUGCAGACUGUAAAUACCAAAUCCGCUACUCAGCAAAUGGCGCUGUCAAUGUUACCGAUAUUCACGCUGAUCUCUGGACACCACAGGACUUCCUCAAAAUCUACCGCAAUCUGUUCAAUGAAAGCGUGUAUACGUCGGUGAAGACCUGCCAUUGGAUUUUUCACAUCGACUGCGUUGAGUUUUUCAUGCGAAAACAUCUCGAUUUUGGAACUAUGGUGGCACUUCAACGACUUUUCAUCGAACAAAAGCCCAUUGAUCCAGAGCUAGAUGGAAGCCACGAUAGAAAGACGACUAGAAACUUGACGUCAAUCGUCAGCUUCCUGUACAACGGACCACAGAAGUCAAAUUUGGAGGAGCUCCACUUGGCAUACGGAAUUUGCGAUCACUAUUCCGGUGGGAGCACCAUGAGCGACAUCACGUACGAAUGCCUCGUUGAACUCAGGAUCGACAAAUUAAUGGAGAAAUUUCCCCGCAUUCGCAAAGUUACAUUCCGUAUGGAUAUACGACUCAUUUGGCCACAAAGGCUGGAUCAUCAGAAAAGUCUAUCCGGCAUGCAUUACAAAGUCGUAGAGGACCGUGUUCGCAGCCGUAUACUCGAAGAUAUGGGUACUAAUCACGGCCCAUUUCUUCCCGAGCUGGAUAUUCGUGUCCAUGAUUGA